CAACCACGGAGGCACGCCCCACUCGGCGUCUCGCUUCUAGCUCUCUCAUCGGCUCGCCAGACAUAAGUUUCGGAAGGAAUGUAUGCUUACGGAAGGGUACGGAAUGUCUGGAAGAUUGCGGGAUAUCCACUUCUGGGGAGCCAGCGUUUGCCGAACACACUGUUUCUGCCGUGAUGCGCUCAGUUGUACUUGCGCUCACGCCGUGUUACUUAUUUGUGGACUUGGAAAGGGUGUUGAGGUGUGCGCAGCUGCGCAACCUGCUGUGGAGCGGCCCUGACCUACUCCUUCUUCAUUGCAAUUUUCCCAUGGAGAACAGCUAAUGAUCCCACUUACCUGAUCGGGGACGCUCUAUCAUGAAGGCUUUCAAUGGGUGCAACAAGCCUGUGGGCGACCUUUCAAGUCUUGCGAAAAGAGCGUUUGGACCUGGUUUCGCGACUGUGCCACCCACACCGCACCAACCGCCCCAACUUUCUGGCGCGACUCUUGGUGCGGGGGUUGUGACAGAAGUCUCGCUCAUCCAACGGGAGUUGUCGGAAGAAGGGUAUGGUACUACACAAGUGUCCGUUGUCUGAACUUUCAAUAUAGGAUUUGGCGCCGAAGAAAUUUGUGGAUCGUUAGCACCCACCCUAUGAGCAGAGCGUACCGUGCACAACACCCACAUCACACUAGCAGCUCAUAGUAUGAACAUUGUGACAGUUCGCCCUGCACACUACAGCGGAACCAUCGUGGUGGAGAAUGUAUAAGAACCUCAGCGCUAGAUUAGCAAGGCAUAAGAUGGAGUUAUAAUGUUGUAGUUGUGUCUAAAAAGGAGGAAGGAAUUGCUGUUGGGACCUGCAGAGGGAGCUGCAAACUGGGCCCUUAGAGCCCAUGGGGUAUUUCAGCUCACAUUGAGCAUUCUACUGACGAGAUAUGUGCAGAAAACCUGGGAUGAAAUUUUUGCAGAAGCAUCAAUACAUUUAAUCCUCCCUAGUCUUCCCAAUUGCCCG